AUGAGUGGUGCGAGCAGCAUAAGCUCCCUCGCCGACGCAAUCAAAGAAUGGACCAUCCAUCCUGUCGAGUCAGAUGGAUCUGAUUCAGAGUCGGCUAUCGGCGAGACCACUGACAAGGUAUAUUCGGACGCCGACUUCGAGGUGAUUUCGCGAUUAGGGGAGGGUGCAGGAGGGAGCGUCGACAAGGUUAGGGAGAUUGCAACCGGGUUGAUAUGGGCUCGAAAGACUAUACCCGCUCCAUCUGCCCCUGUACAGCAGCUUAGACGCGAGCUCAACUUUCUUUCCAACUGCAAGCACCCGCAUAUUGUCGUCUUCCACGGAGCGUACUUGUCCGCUAACGACUCACUGAUCAACGUGUUGAUGGAGUACUGCGAAGGCGGCUCUCUAGAGGCUGUUCGUGACAGGAUGCGUGAGGAACGGGCAAGGAUGAGCGAGAAAGUCAUUGCCAAGAUCGCUGAAGGGUGCUUGAAGGGUUUGCAAUACCUCAAGUCUAAGAAUAUCAUUCACCGAGACAUAAAACCCUCCAACAUUCUCCUCACAGUGGCCGGUGUGCCAAAACUCAUCGAUUUCGGUGUUUCGGGGGAGUUGGUGGAUAGCUAUGCGGGCACGUUCACUGGAACUUCGUACUACAUGGCGCCCGAGCGUAUUCAGGGCGCGAAAUACUCCGUCAAGUCUGACGUCUGGUCUUUGGGCUUGACACUUAUGGAGCUGGCGCGCAGCGAGCCCAUCUAUCCCGUCGAUCUCGGUCCAAUUGAGUUAAUCACCUAUAUUGUCAGUUCGAAGCCGCCGUCUCUUGAUGAUGGCGACUGGAGCGAUGACAUGAAGGACUUCUUCAAUCAAUGGCAAGCACAUUUUCUUUACCCAUCUCAUCAAUCAUUAACGGGCAUUGUGAACAGCCUUGCUGUCGAUCCUGCAAAUCGUCCUUCACCAACUGAGCUCCUCCACCAUCCUUGGAUUGUCGAGUCCUCCAAACGAAAGAUCAAUUUGGCCAGGUGGAUCCAGCAGGUCUGGCAAUGGGACUCUUCAAGCGAUAGCCGGUAA